AGCCACUUCCCUCGCCUCCUCAUCGCCUUUCCUCCCCCGACUCUCCCUCAUCGCCCAUGUCCGCCUCUGGCCUCAGUUCGCGCGAGGCCCGCCAGACCUACCACCCGGGCGGCUACGGCGUCUCCGAGGGCCUCAAGCGCGCACGUCGCCCCUUCCGCACCCGCAACUUUGUCACGGGCUCGCUCAUCUUUGGGUUCGCCGCGAGCGUCUACUUCUAUUCGAUCCGCGCCGUCGCCCAGGACGACUUUAGCGACCUCGACCAGCCCCUGUCGGACGACAAGCGCCGCAGCCUCACCUCGAUCGAGGAGCAGCAGCGUGAGCGCGACGAGCUCCGCCUCGCCGCAAAGGGCGGCCCGCUCGUGCCCGCACCAGGCUCGGUCGCCGCCGCCGCCGGCUCGUCGCCCGUCGACGGUCUCGCGGCAGCACCCGCAUCGGCGCCCUCGUCGUCGUCGUCGUCGGGCGUCCUGUCGCUCGUGAGCGGCGCGUUCGCCGGCAAGGGCGCCGACAGCAAGCUCGUGUGGGGCGCGCCGCCGGUCGACCGCGUCGGGCGGAUAGGCGCAGACGGGCCCGUCGCCGAGCAGUACCCGCGCAGGAUUGUCUGAGGAGGACGCCGAGGGUUUGUGUACAGAGCGACAGUGAGCAACGAGGACGUUCCCCACUCUC